AAACAGCCAGGCCAGCUUCCUCUCUCGGUAGGAAUAAUAAUAUCCCCCUCCUCCAUGGCCCACCUGGGAGCCCACUUGGCCUUUAGAUCCCGCUGGCAGAAGACCGACGAUGAACUCUGCCGACAUAGCAUGUCCUUUAUCCUUCACAAAGCCAUUCGCAAUGACUUCUUUCAGAGCUAUCUCUACCUGCUGGAAAAAAUCCCCCUGGUGAAAUUGUAUGCUUUAACAAGUCAAGUCAUCAAUGGUGAGAUGCAGUUCUAUGCCAGAGCUAAACUUUUCUACCGAGAAGUACCAGCUACAGAAGAGGGUAUGAUGGGAAAUUUCAUUGAACUGUCCGACCCUGAUAUCCAGGCUUCUCAGGAAUUUCUUAGGAAAUUUGUUGGGGGGCCCGGGAGAGCUGGGACGAACUGCGCCCUGGACUGCGGCUCUGGGAUUGGAAGGGUCAGCAAGCACGUCUUGUUGCCGGUUUUCAACCGUGUGGAACUGGUGGACAUGAUGGAAUCGUUCCUCCUGGAGGCCCAGAACUACCUGCAGGUGAAAGGGGACAAGGUAGAGAGUUACCACUGCCUCAGCCUGCAGGAAUUCACGCCCCCUUUGGGGAGAUACGAUGUCAUCUGGAUUCAAUGGGUCUCCGGGUACCUGACUGACAAGGACCUUCUUGCAUUUCUUUCCCGGUGUCGAGACGGCCUGAAAGAACACGGUGUCGUCAUACUGAAGGACAAUGUGGCCCGGGAGGGCUGCAUCCUAGAUCUCUGUGACAGCAGUGUGACUCGGGACAUGGAUAUCCUGCAGAGCAUCAUUCGGAAGAGUGGGCUGGCGGUGUUGGGCCAAGAGAGGCAGGACGGCUUUCCAGAGCAGUGCCUCCCGGUGUGGAUGUUUGCACUGCACAGUGAUAGCAGCUCCUGACCCGCGGUGGGUGUGCUCGGCGGGGCUGCACAGCGGUUCUUGGGGACAGAGGUGCUCCCCUCAGAGACGUACCUGGUAAUUCAUGGAGGGAUGGAGAGAAGGGACGCAAUGCAUGUCUGGAAAUAACUGAUGAUGUCGUAUGGACAAGUGUGCACUCAUUCUAUAAGUACAUGCACACUGGAUUUUUCGAAAGAUAAAUGGAGUGACAUAUCGGGAGAAAUGCUUGUAGGCACAUAAACUGUACAAGGGUACUCAUAAGCAAAGAAGGCAGCAAUGUUCACAAAUUCUGAGGAUUUGCAUAUAGAGUGCGGUCUGGGCCCCCUUUCUCUGUCCUCAUGCUAGAUACAUUAUACUUCCUUCCUCUUUGGGCUUACUACUUCUCUUAGACAAAAAUGUCCCCCUAAU